ACCAGGUUAUUACUCGCUGGCCAUUUCCAACGUGGGAGAGAACUGUAUGUAAACAAUACAGUUCUCUCCACUGUCAGCUGCUGCACACUGCUUUGUAUGGUUCUGCAUAGCAGAGCCAUACAAAGCAGUGUGCCUACAGUUGAAAGCACACACACAGCUUACAGUAAAACAGCACACAGUUACCCCUUUGAUCGCCCCAGAUGUUACCCCUUCAUGCCCAGUGCCAUUAGUACAGUGUCAAUGUUUUUUGUUAGCACUGAUCACUGUAUUGGUGUCACUGGAGAUGUCAGUGAGACCAAGUCAGUUCCCCUCCAGUGUCAGAAUGCCUGUCGCAGUCCCGCUAUAAGUCACUGA